AUGCUUAGACUAAUACGGCUAUCCUCGUCAUUGCCGAAGGUAAAUAUACCCAAGGCAAAUAAGAUGCCGGCAAGACCUACGAUUGCUGAGGGCGACAUCAAGGAAAAGUUCAUAAAGGGCGGAUCUGGUAAAGGCGGACAAAAGAUCAACAAGACUAACUCCAAAGUGCAACUUACACAUAUAGCUACAGGGAUUGUAGUAACUUCUCAGGCAACGAGGUCAAGGGAACAGAACCGCAAAAUAGCAAGGGAGAUACUGGCUUUGAAACUUCAAGACUUGGAAGAUCCAGCAAACAGUAGGCAAAGAAUUGUGAUUGAAAGACAGAAAAUGGUAAAGGCUAGAAAGAAUAAGAGAACAAAGGCUAAAUACGAAACAUUAGAAAAGAACAAACAGGAAAAAGAGGAUUUACUGGAGGGAAUAGACGAGAUAGUUUUUAUUGAUGAGAACUCUGAGCCGAUUCAAAUUGACACCAAGCAAUCUAAACAGAAACUACUAAAACAAUUGUAA